AUGUCGCAUUCCAUAGCAUCGUUGAACUCGUCCUCGUCGCCGGACCGCUCCCACUACAGCUCGCCCACUGAGGCGCCUGCGCAGGCGUCCGACCUCGAAUUGGGCACCACCCCACAGGCGUACGACCCGGAGGACGCCAGGUCGCAAAUUUCUGGAGAAAUGCACUCGACUCUGUCGAGAUCGGAGUCGCUCAAAGUCAUCAAGACAGAAACCGUCAAGUCACUGCGAGAGAGGGGUCUUUCGCGCGAGGUUUCUGCCGUCGACGUGAAUCGACCCCAAAACGUCGAAAACCCGGUAUUUCCUGAGGAGUACACUUUAGAAACGCAGACAGGCCUGGUCCCUGUGGCCACGUUGCAGGACAUAGGCCGAGCCCGAAGCCAUCCCACCGCGACCAAGCCGCCGGGCGACUCGCAAAGCUCGUCCGCGUCCGAUGAGAAAGAUACGGGAGCUGUUCCAGAGCUGGACCCGGACAUUGAGUUUGUCACGUUCACGAUCAACGACCCGGAAAACCCGAUGAACUGGAACCCUGCGCUGCGGUGGGCCUUCACCAUCGCGCUGUCGCUGAUGGUGGUGUGUGUGGCCUUUGGCUCGUCCGUGGUGACUGGGUGCCUGGGACUGAUUAAUGACAAGUAUCACGUGAGCGAGGAGGUGUCGAUUCUCACGUGCUCGCUGAUGGUGAUUGGGUUCUCUGUGGGCCCGCUGCUGUGGUCGCCGCUGUCGGAGCAGAUCGGCAGGAGACCGGUGUACUUCAUCUCGUUCGGGCUCUACUUCAUCUUCAACAUCCCCUGUGCUGUUGCGCCCAAUAUCGGAACAAUCCUGGUGUGUCGGUUCCUGUGUGGUGUUUUCGCCGCUUCCGGCCUCGCCAACGUGGGCGGCUCUAUCUCCGACCUGUUCCCCACCGAGACGCGAGGCAAGGCCAUCGCGUACUUUGCUGCUGCUCCGUACGGCGGUCCUGUGAUCGGCCCGCUCGUGGCCGGGUUCAUCACCCGGUACUCUGGCCGGCUCGAGCUGAUUUUCUGGGUCAACUUCGCGUUUGCCGGCUUCAUGUGGAUCGUGGCGUCGCUGAUUCCUGAGACGUAUGCGCCGGUGAUUCUGAAAAAGAGAGCCAAAAAGCUCAGAAAACAGACGGGCAACCCAAAGAUCAUGACCGAGCAGGAGGCCGUCGGCAUGUCGCUCAAGGAGCUCAUCCAGACGUGUCUGUACAGGCCGCUGAUGUUUGCCCUCACAGAGCCCGUGCUGGACAUGAUGUGUUUCUACGUGUGCCUGAUCUACUCGCUGCUGUACGCGUUCUUCUUUGCGUACCCGGCCGUGUUUGGCAAGCUGUACAAUUACGGCGACGACCUGAUCGGCAUGAUGCUAAUUCCGAUCCUGAUCGGCGCGUUCUUCGCUCUGCUGACCACGCCGGUGCUCGAAAACUACUACGUCAAGACCGUCAAGCACAGACGUCCGACGCCAGAGGACCGUCUUGUCGGCGCCAUGAUCGGCGCGCCGUUCCCGGCCAUCGCCCUGUGGAUUCUCGGAGCAACGUCGUACAAACACAUCAUCUGGGUGGGUCCUGCCUCGUCCGGGCUGGCGUUUGGCUACGGCAUGGUGCUGAUCUACUACUCGCUCAACAACUACAUCAUCGACACGUACGCAAAGUACGCCGCGUCCGCGCUGGCUACCAAGGUGUUCCUCAGAUCGGCCGGCGGUGCCGCGUUCCCGCUCUUCACUCUGCAAAUGUACCACAAGCUGGGGCUGCAAUGGGCCUCGUGGCUGCUUGCAUUCGUCUCCACGGCCAUGAUUCUGCUGCCGUUCUCUUUCUACAAGUGGGGCCACCAGCUGAGAAAGAAGCUGUGCAGAGAAAACUACAGUGCCUGGGACGACUAA